CUUUCUUUUUAUUUUGGCUUUCCUAAUUUCAAUUUAAGCAAAGCACACACUAUGUCGAACCCAAUUAAGGUCAAAGAUACGGAAGGCAAUGACGUUCAGUUGUCUCUUAGUGAGACGCAGUUGACUAUUGAUAAUCUCGCUACACUCGAAAAGCAGCUUCUCCUCUUCGAUACAAUCUAUGCCGUUAACCACGAUAAGAGUAAUGCAACGCUUGUAAUUCAUGUAGCUUUAAAAGACGAGAAUACCUUGGUUGAGAAAGACAAGGAAAAUACACUUCAAAAAAGAAAGACGUUGACAAAUAUACGCCCAGCAGAUGUUCGAUGGCAUUUAAAUCAGUAUACUUUCCAUUUUAGACAAAGUAGCAAUAAAAAGGAAGAGAGCAACGACAAGUAUGAGAAUAGCUCUACGAAUAGUUUGAAAGAAAGUAUAUUUAUUGAGCAAUUGUGUCAAAGCACAGUGCCCCAUCAGUCUAAAUCCUCGAGCACCAAAGUCUAUGUGUUCCUGAAUCCAACGUCCGGUGAGCAGCAAUCUGGAGCGUAUUGGAAAGAUAUUGUUAAACCAAUGUUGCUAAAUGCUGGUUUCCAGGAACUCAAUAUUGCAAAAAUAAACACUGAACGGAACGGUAAAACACGUGUGUUGGCCGAGAAUUUGGGUCGGCGUAUUCAAUUAAACGAGGAUGGUGAUCUAUUAGACCCAAUCAUCAUCAGCAUGGGUGGUGAUGGUACCUUACAUGAAAUUAUGAACGGUCUUGCUGAUGCAAUAAGUGAUGGUAUGUCAGGUGGUGUUGUAACACAGCAGAAACAACAUCGUUGUUUCCGCGUUGGCGUUAUUCCGACUGGUUCUGGAAACGCCUUUGCUCUUGGUUUAAAUCUUCAAAGUGUUGAGCAUGCUGCAGCAAAAAUCAUUAAAGGAUUAGAAGAGAAGCCAUUUUCAUUCAUGGACGUCAAGCUUGGUCAUGUUGAGCAUCCGGAACGUGAGGAUUGGCAUAACCAGUCCAUCAGUUACGAUAACAAGGGAAAACCUAUCCGUCUGCUUGUGGUAAUGAGUUGGGGAUUUCAUGCUCAAAUAGUCUCCAAAUCUAGAUAUUUGAGAUACUUUAUGGGUAAUAAACGGUUUUCGCUGGUUGCUAUGUUCUUACUCCUCUUUCUGCAGCAGUAUGAAGGGGAGCUGGUUUUGAACAAUUUCAAAAAGUACAAUCCUGAUACAGAUAUGUUUGUCAGCACGAAUGAUGGAGAUCAAUUGAUACUAAGUAGUAAUGACCAAGAGCAAAAGAAAUUUACAUACUUUGUUGUAAGUAAGCAACAUUCAUUGGAAAAGGGGUUUCGAAUUGCACCCUUCGCUUCCCCUCUCACAGAUGAUUUGGAUAUUGUUCUCAUGCGCAAUGCCAAUGCCGACGCUUUAACUAAAGCGAGUAUGGCUGCAUUCCAAGGCGGCGAGCAUGUCAAGUCCAGUGAUGUAGAAUAUUACAAAGCAAAAGAGCUACUACUCCGAGUGAAAGAAAAAGCUGAACUAUGCCUUGAUGGCGAAGUCAUCUCGUUACCUGCAAAAGGCAUCCUUAACGUUAAAGUGGUAACAACAGACCCAUCAUCAUUCACAAUUUUUGUUUAAUACAAAAA